AUGUCGAUGUCCACGGGGCCGUCCCCUCUCCUAGAGGCAGCGGAGGCGGUACGAUCCGGGCGCGUCUCCUCGGAGGAGCUGGUAACCCAGGCUUUGAAAAGGCUGGAGGAGGUCGAGGGAGACGUGGGUGCCUUUCUGAGCGUGCAGGGCCGCGCGGCAGUGGACACGGCUAGGUCAAUAGACCGGAAGGUAGCCGAAGGGUGCAAAGAGACGCUGGCGCUCCCGCUGCUCGGUGUGCCCAUGGGCGUGAAGGACAACCUGUGCACCGCUGGAGUUCCAACGACGGCGGCGAGUCGGAUACUGGAGGGAUACCGACCUUCGUACGACGCCUCUGCCGUGUCCAAGCUCAAGCUAGCGGGCGGGAUCGCGCUUGGCAAGACGAACAUGGACGAGUACGGCAUGGGAUCGACGACGGAGACGUCGGCCUUCCAGGUCACGAGAAACCCGAGGAACAUCGACCACGCGCCCGGGGGCUCGUCAGGGGGCUCCGCGGCGGCAGUAGCGGCGGGUGUUGUCACGGGGGCCCUUGGUACGGACACCGGGGGCUCCGUGCGACAGCCGGCUUCCUGGUGCGGCGUCGUUGGGCUCAAACCUACAUACGGACGUCUCAGCAGGAAGGGGUUGAUUGCGUAUGCGUCUUCGACGGACUGCAUCGGCCCCAUUGCGUCGUCGGUAGCCGAUUGUGCCGCUCUGUUGGGUGCGGUAGCUGGGGAGGACAGGGCGGGAGACUCGACUGCCCUCCAACAACCUGUGCCGGACUACACCGCACUGCUCAAGGAGUCCGCGGCGUCUGGAGGCUCACGGCCAUUGGAAGGGAUCAAGAUGGGGGUGAUUCGGGAGGCGCUAGUGGAGCGAGUCCAGCCGGACGUUGCCGCAGCUGUGAAGGAGGCCAUCGACACGAUGGCGUCCCUCGGGGCAGAGGUGACCGAGGUUUCCCUCCCGUCCCUCCCGGAGCAAUGCGCCGCGUACUACGUCACCGCCCUGUCGGAGGCGUCGGCAAACCUUGCCAGAUUCGACGGUAUACGAUACGGGUUGCAUGACCAAUACGAGGGAGACGUUUACAUCCAACAAUAG